UCAGGAGUUCCACAUGAUUCGAGUGGUUUUCCUGUUCUGUCAGCGCUACAAAAGCAUAAUUACCCAUGAUGCUUUGUCUGUGUAUUUCGCUUGACAACCUCAAAUAUGAGUCACAAGUUUCGUGGCCAAGUCGAGUGUAGGAAGUCACAUCAGGGCUUGUGCUGUGCACCAUGUCGUACACUUUUGUCGGAGAUGCGUACGAUCGAACGACACCGAUAGAGAUGACUCAAGUAAACCCGGAGCCCGCCAAACCCGCGUUGGACACCACCUUGGAAGUCCCAGAUAUCGAUGAUUUCUCGCACAUAACUCUUCAUCAGGCUGCGAGAGAUGGAAAAAUCGAUGUCAUCAGACACAGACUUCAAAAACUUGAAAGAAACUCUGCAAGACGUCUCAAAGUUAUUAACAAAGCUGACGAAGAUAACAUGACACCUUUGCACUAUGCCGUGCGUUAUGGUCAUGUGGAGGUUGUCAAACUUUUGGUUGAGUGUGGAGCAGUUGUUGACAUUCCUGGUGAAGAUGGAGCCUCACCACUUCAUUAUGCAGCAAGAUUUCGAGCAAACUUGGCACGUCCAUCUGCCAGCAGACAAGUGACACAAGCUGGUCCUGACGGUGUCGAUGGUGACAUAGAAGGUGUAGUCGCACCCCUGACAAACGCUUUGAGUGCUGUUGGAGUAGAUGUCAAUAAUUUAGCAUCACAGGCUUUAACAGAAGAUGAAUCCCUGAUAGCCUUUCUUGUAAUCACACAUGCUGCAGAAGUCAAUAUUCGUGACCACUAUGGAAUGACGCCACUUCAUUAUGCGGCAUCAAAAGGCAAUUUAAUGGCCGUAAUAGAACUUUUGCAGUGCGAGGGGAUAGGUGUUGAUGCUGUAGAUGCAAGUGGAAGUACAGCUCUUCAUUGCGCUGCCACUGAGGGAAAGGCAGAAAUUAUUGAAGCUUUACUUAAAGCUGGCGCUGAUCCACGGGCAAAGGACAUAGAAAAGAUGACACCGAUUCACUUUGCUUGUACUGAUGGAAAUCUUGAGGCUGUGAAACUGUUAUUUGAACAUGCAGAGAAAAAACAAGAAAUAUAUGACAUGCUGGAGGAUCGAAACAAGGAAGGGGAAACUGCACUUCAUGCUGCAGUGGAGGGUGGGUAUCUUGACAUCGUCAAAAUGUGUUUGGAGAAAGGAGCAAAGGUGAGAUCUCGAAGAGCCAAUCUUGCUCAUCCAUUGCACAUUGCUGCCAUCAAUGGGUACGUCGAAAUUGCAAAACUUUUAGUUGAUUACCGUGCCAAGAUUGAGGCAAGAAAUGCUAACCAUGAGACACCUCUUCACAAAGCUGCCGCCUUCAAUAAAUUCAGGAUGGUGGAAUUCCUUCUUGAAAAAGGUGCUGACAUUAAUUGCUUUGACAAAGACAAUUACACCCCCCUAUUGGUUGCAGCAUCAGAAGGCCACACAGCUGUUGUCACACUUCUUUUAGAAAAAGGAGCCAACUUAAAAGCAACAGACACGCAUGAUAAAACUGCUAUCUUUCUGGCUGCUGAGGAAAACAGAGUUGAUACCUUAAGAGAAAUCCUUGGACAUCCAGAUGCCAAACAUCUAAUUAACGAGAGUGAUCGUUAUGAAGACACUCCCUUGCAUGUGGCUGCUAUGAAUGGUUAUACAUCGGUAGCAGAGACAUUGUUAAAUCAUGGUGCCAGAAUAGAUGCCAGGAAUGAAGAUGAGAAUACUCCUCUGCAUUUGGCUGCUAAAAAUGGAAGAAUAAGAACAGUAAUUGAACUGGUUAAGAGGGAUCCCUCCAUCGUUAAUGAUGAGGAUGAAGCAUCAAACACACCGCUGCACCUGGCGGCAAUAGAGGGUCAUGUGAAGUGCUGCAAGGCUCUGUUAGAGCGAGGAGCUGAAGUGGAUGCAAGGAACUCCCUUUUGUGGACCCCCCUGGAUUGUGCAGCGGCCAAAGGACACACUAAAGUAGCUGGGCUCUUGUUGGAUUUCGACUCGCCUGUUGAUCCUACUGACAAAGCAAAGACAACUCCUUUACACUUAGCUGCAAAAGAGGGUCAUGCCGAUAUGGUAUCAUUGCUGCUGUCGAAAGGCGCUGACAUAACACUCACAGACCACACAGGAAGGAACUGUCUUGACUUGGCUGUAGAUCAUGGACGCAAGGAAGCAGCAUUGGCGAUCAUCAAUGAUGACAACUGGAUGGCAGCCAUGAGAAAUAAAACAUGGGAACAGAAUCACGUGACCACCCCAUUAAGAAAGCUAAUAAUAAAACUUCCUGAAGUGGCAGAAGUUGUCUUUAAUCGUUGCGUCAAAGACAAUGGCCUUCACAUUGAGGACGAGGAAUAUCAAAUAACGCUUUAUUACGAGUUCUUAGAAGAUGUGUAUGUAGACUGGUCAGAUAAUGGCGACGGAGCAGGUUCGGAAACUUCUAGUCAAGUGAACUUUUCAAUGGAGGAUGUUACUGAGAAUGAUCCAUUUCAGAAGAUACGCGGGAAAGCUGCGCAAUCUGAAGCUAUGGCUCAGCUGGAAAAAAAGAGCUAUCAUCCACUCAUGAUUAUGGUACAGAACCAGCGAGAACCACUGCUUGCCCACCCUCUUGUGACAUUUCUGUUGAACUACAAAUGGCAGACGUUUGGAAGAUACAUCUAUUACUUCAAGCUUUCUCUCUACUGUCUAUUCCUGUUAUUUCUUACUGGCUAUACUGUUUACUCAACUGAGAAUGCCGCAGUUUGUGUCAAUGGCACCAAUACACGACCAGACACUGUCGAUGAAGAUUCGGUUCCUUACGUACUGUGGAUCAAGGUUGGCCGCAUUGUCAUACUUGCGCUAGCAUCGUGGCACAUUCUUUCUGAGUUGUUUCAGAUGCUGUAUCAGUUCAAGCAGUACUUCAGCUGGGAGAACCUUUUGGAAUGGUCCGUUUAUGUGCUUGCUAUCAUCUACAUAGCUGAUGAGUUUGACUUGCCUCUGGUAAACAGCUGUACUACAGAAAAAAGAACUAUUGGAGCAUUAUCAAUAUUUCUGGCUUGGAUGGCCUUAGUUUUGUUUAUCAGAAAAUUUCCCAAGCUUGGAAUAUACGUUGUGAUGUUUACAAGUAUACUCUAUACAUUUCUGAAGUUUUUCGUCAUAUAUGUGCUGUUCCUUGUUGCCUUUGCGCUUUCGUUCUACACGUUGUUGCAUGAUCCUCAGCGCACUGUUCCUGCUUUUGGAGCACCAGGUCGUGCUAUCGUGAAGACUGGGGUCAUGAUGAUAGGAGAGUUCGAUUUUGACGACUUAUUUAACUCACCAGAUAGUACAGUGCCUGGCGUCACGUGGUUCAUUUUUAUUGUUUUCGUGAUUGUCAUGACCCUGAUCUUGAUGAAUUUGUUGAUCGGUUUGGCUGUAGACGACAUCAAAGGUGUCCAGGAGCAGGCAGUUCUUGAGCGACAAGCCAUGUUGGUUGAUUUAGCAAUGGAUGUAGAGAAAGCUUUGCCAAGAGGUCUUCGAAAACGUUUUGUUCCAGACAAGCAAAUAAUUCGGCCAAAUCAGUACUACGGAUUCAAACGCUACUGGUACAGUCCGCCUAUCUCUGCAGAGGAUAUCCAAACCGCACUUAACCCAAAAAAGAGUCCACUUGUAAGAUUAAAUGAUCGAACAGAGGAACUUCAGGAAACUGUGACAGGACUGAAGAAUCGAAUGAAGACAAUGCAGUGUAACCAGGAGGAGAUUCACAAGAUGUUGAACGGAAUCGUCAAGAAACUUGAAGCCAUUGUCGAGGGAGACGACGAUGAAGAUGACCAGCUGUUUUAGUCACGUGAUGUUGCCGCUGGUCGGUAGGAAAUAAACAGCAGACACAUAGCAUACCUUACGGGCGAAUGUGUGCCGACGUCAUUGUUGCAUUUUUCGUCAUUAACAUACGACUUUGCGUAGAGAAGGUAUCACACUAGACGCGAACUGACUACAAACAUCCCAAGAGCUUGUCAAACUUAGUAAUUAGUGAAAUUUUUCGCUCUUUGGGUGCGGAGAAAUUGGCUUUCAAAAACUGCAAAAUUUCUAGGUGCCAAAAGCGCUAAUGAGUUCCUACAUUCUUUGUAAAAUGGGACAGUUCCAGUUAAUCGUGCUAUGCCAAUUUUUGUAAUUUGAUUAGAAACUGUAUCGGUUGUGCUAUUCAGGCAAAUAUUGUAAACAAAGAUUUCCUUUUAGCUGACCAUUAGAAGGUAGCUCAGUUUUUGCUGGCAAUAUGUCCAGUAGCCACGUACGCUUGAAAAUAAACUGAACGCAUAAAGAUGUAAUAUAGCAAACACAAAAGACCGUGUUUGACCACAUUUCCAAACACCGAGACGAGAGCUAAAAAUUCGACGCGUAGCGGAGUACUUUUGAGGAACUACGAGGUUUUUGGAAACGUGGUCAAACAUGGUCUUGAGUUUUUGAUAUAUCUUCUCAGUUUAAGCUAAAACUAAGGAGAAAACUGA